CAUGCUAGGGCAUCUGGGGCAGAAUACGGAAAGCGGGAGGGACAAAUUGCCAAUGUUUGGAAUCUGGUUUCCAGGUUGCUGUUUUUGGGGGCUCUGGGUGUGGCGGUUGCCGUAGCUGAAAUCCGCUGCACCAUGUCGGCCUUCGAGAAGCCUCAGAUCAUCGCCCAUAUCCAGAAGGGCUUCAACUACACGGUGUUUGACUGUAAGUGGGUGCCCUGCAGCGCCAAAUUUGUGACCAUGGGCAACUUCGCACGGGGCACCGGCGUCAUUCAGCUGUACGAGAUCCAGCAUGGGGACCUGAAGCUGCUUCGGGAGAUUGAAAAGGCCAAACCUAUUAAAUGUGGAACAUUUGGUGCAACAUCUUUACAGCAGAGAUAUUUAGCUACUGGAGAUUUUGGUGGAAACCUUCAUAUAUGGAAUUUAGAAGCUCCAGAGAUGCCAGUAUAUUCUGUAAAGGGCCAUAAAGAAAUUAUAAAUGCCAUAGAUGGCGUAGGUGGACUAGGAAUUGGAGAAGGAGCACCUGAAAUUGUGACUGGCAGCCGAGAUGGAACUGUGAAGGUGUGGGACCCAAGGCAAAAAGAUGAUCCUGUUGCUAAUAUGGAACCUGUACAAGGAGAAAACAAGAGAGACUGUUGGACUGUGGCAUUUGGCAAUGCUUAUAAUCAAGAAGAACGUGUUGUUUGUGCGGGCUAUGACAAUGGGGAUAUCAAACUAUUUGAUCUCAGAAAUAUGGCAUUACGGUGGGAGACAAACAUCAAAAAUGGGGUGUGUAGCUUGGAGUUUGACAGAAAAGACAUAAGUAUGAAUAAGUUAGUAGCCACAUCUCUGGAAGGAAAGUUCCAUGUUUUUGACAUGAGAACACAGCAUCCAACCAAAGGUUUUGCCUCUGUUUCAGAAAAGGCUCAUAAAUCUACUGUGUGGCAGGUCCGACACCUGCCGCAGAACAGGGAGCUCUUUCUGACAGCUGGAGGCGCCGGCGGCCUUCACCUCUGGAAGUAUGAAUACCCUAUUCAGCGGUCAAAGAAAGAUUCUGAGGGAAUAGAGAUGGGAGUCGCAGGUUCUGUAAGCCUUCUGCAGAAUGUUACGUUGUCCACCCAGCCCAUUUCAAGUUUGGAUUGGAGUCCAGAUAAAAGGGGUCUCUGCGUCUGUAGUUCAUUUGACCAAACGGUGAGAGUACUGAUCGUUACGAAGCUCAAUAAAAUUUGACUUCAAGACUUUGGACUUGAGGCCGAGGUGGGUGGAUCACAAGGUCAGGAGAUCGAGACCAUCCUGGCUAACAUGGUGAAAGCCCGUCUCUACUAAAAAUACAAAAAAAAAUUUGCCGGGCAUCGUGGCAGGCAUCUGUAGUCCUAGCUGCUUGGGAGGCUGAGGCAGGAGAAUGGCGUGAACCUGGGAGGCAGAGGUUGCAGUGAGCCGAGAUUGUGCCACUGCACUCCAGCCUGGGCAAUGGAGCAAGACUCUGUCUCAAAAAAAAAAAAAAGACUUUGGGCUUGAAACCUUCCAGAGGAACACUCACAGAAUUUAAGAUAGGUUCUGGAGUCCUCUGACCCUCAUUGAACAAAGCUAGAUUUGGCCGAUGAUAAAAGACCCCAGCCACAAGCCCCUGCGCCAGCCUCCAGCCUCUCUUGGGGCGUGUUUGCUGACUUGCUGCUGCACGUGGGUAUCAGAAGCACCAAGUAAACUAUCUCCAGGGUCAGUUCUUUUCUCUCCCUUCCAUUUCUAUGUCAAUAGUUGUCUAUAAUUAAACAUAUUUCAGAUUUGUUCUGUGUCCGUGAAGUUCCAUAUUUUAUCUUUAUGCUUGUGUUAUGUUUUAGUGUCUAUAAUGUUGUGGUGGGAAUCAUUUCAUUUGGUUUAAAAGAGUUUGCCUUGGAAAAACUGAAUUAACCUUCAUAAAUACAUUUUGAGAGAUUUCAGUGUGAGUAAGUUUCUGGACAUAAUAUUAUUGUAUAAAAUAUCAAAAUGGUGGGCCAGGCAUGGUAGCUCACGCCUGUAAUUCCAGCACUUUGGGAGGCUGAGGUGGGCGAAUCACGAGGUCACGAAUUCGAGACCAGCCUGGCCAACGUGGUGAAACCCCGUCUCUACUAAAAACACAAAAAAUUAGCUGGGCGUAGUGGCAGGCGCCUGUAAUCCCAGCUACUUGGGAGGCUGAGGCAGGAGAAUCACUUGAACCCAGGAGGCGGAGAUUGCAGUGAGCCGAGAUUGCACCACUGCACUCCAGCCCUGGUGACAGAGUGAGACUCCGUCUCAAAAAAAAAACACAAAUAUAUAUAUAUAUAUCAAAACGGCACGGUUGGUCUAGAUUUGGGUAACUAUUUUCUGCAAUUUAAUUCAUAAAACAAAAUGCUUUGAUUUUAAAGAGCUCUUUUUUACUUAAAAUACAGGAAUUGAAUUGGUGAGACUUUUGGUUAUUGACUGUGGUAAGUGAUGGUGAAAUGUACAAGAUUGUAGGGGUUUUGUAGUCUUAUUUUUGGUCAUACUUUAAAAAUGCAUUUUAUGAAUAAACUUCUGUUUUUGAGAUCUA